AGAAUUCAAUCAAAGCAAUGUGGUCGAUUCCCAACGGAGAAAAAUUGAAAGUAAAAAUCAAAACAACUCACUGAAGAAAACAGUGUGAAAAAUAGUUGCGUGUGUUGUUUCUGAGUAUUUAGCAGUUUAAACAAGUUCUUUUGAAAAAUACAGGAAAAAGGACGUGGGACAAAUUUACUUUUAUUAUUUUUUCAAAACAGAUGCGAUCAUAUCAUCUAUGUAAUUGUAUUUCGUUGCUUAGUUGCAUAAGUGAUUUUUGCGCGUUUUUAUAUUGAAAAAAUAAAAAAUAGUGUUAUAUAAACAUAUAAUAGUUCAAAAUGCAUAUUCAUCCAAGUUCGUCUGAAUCUAAUUUUGGCCAACUAAUUCUGAGGGAAGAAACCGCAGCCAUCAAAAUACAAGCUGGAUUUCGUGGCUACCGCGAAAGACAGCAGCAGAUGUCGGAUCCAUUGCAUAUAAAUAUAGGAAAUAGCACAACAUUACAAAAUAUUAACACAACCGCAAAUAAAAAUAGUUCUAAAUUAGAAGUAGAAAUAACUACAAAGGAAGAUCAAUGCGCUACUAAAAUACAAGCAAGUGUACGUGGUUUUUUGGUGCGAAAGAAACAGAAAAUUGCAAUGGAUGCGGCAACAAAAAUACAAGCAAGCUUCCGAGGCUUCAAAGCGCGGAAAGAAACACAACACUUGAAACAGAAAUAAAAUUAACCUAGUGUAAUAACAUAAUGACUGCUAGUUACCUGUAAAAUUGACAUAUAUGUAUAAGUAUGUUUUUUUAAUUACUUUCUCAAUAUAUGUUCUUAAAUUUUCUUAAAUGCUCUUAGCAAAAAAUAUUUUUUCUGAUCUGAGCAUAAAACAUAAUUGUUCUGACCAUAGAAUAUUCAGUGCUUUUACGCUGUUAGCGAUUUGUUUGCUUUUUAUUCACUUAAUUGCUGUCUUUGUUGCUAAUAAUGCCAGAAAAAGUUAUUAUUGGGGUAUUUCAUUUGUAAGCAUAAAUAUACAGAAUUCGAUGCAGGUAUGGUAUAAGCUAAAACAUUCAUUUGUGAAUCUACAUACAUAUGUACUAUGUUGUGCAAAUGAAUUAAUAAAGUGUUUGUAUCUUCCAAUUAAGCGGUCUUGAGAAAUUAGAAAUCAUUUAUACAAAUCCAAAGGCUUAUAAUUAAUUUUCCGUAAUUUCGCUUUGCCAUAAUUUCGUGUUUACAAAAAUUAUAAAUCAUCAAAAUACUAAUAUUUUGCUAUUGGUAGAAAUAAAAUAAGUUUGUGAAAUUUUAGGAAUAUUUUUAUUUACUAACAAUAUUAAGACCUUAAAACAUUAUGAAUGCUUAUAUGUCAGUAUGAAUAGUUGUUAAGUUUGGCCACACAGCAAAAAUAUUGCAUUUAUGUACAUAUAUGUAUUUAUUUAUUUAUUUAUUUAUA